UGCUCCGCUGCGCUCUGCGCCUGUGGACUUCAGCAGAAGUCAGUAAGAACAUUAAGACAACCAAAAAGAUAAAGAGAGAGAAAGGGAGGGAAGGGAGGAAGGGAUACAGACAGACGGAGAGAGAGAUACUCCUCUGUCCUCCUCCAGCACACCACUGGUCUUAAUGCAUUUGGACGGACGCGAUACCUCCUGUGUGAGCACUGAUCGGGAUACUAAGCACACAGCUAUCGGUUUAUUACACCUUUAGCCUCCUCUCCAUCCCGUCUUGUGGUUAGGUUUGCCCACGUCGUGUUUCGAGGCAGCAGCAGCAGCAAUUAAUUGCGUAGCCGGAGCCGAGGCGCCAAUCAGUGAAAUUAUUUAUCGACUGGGAAGAUAUAUUUUUUAUCCAAUAUCUGCAUCCCGGGGGCUGUAUGAAAGAGCACAGAAAAGGUUAUUCCUGACUCCUCUCUGCACUGGAUGUGUAUAUGUGCGCUUUAGGCUGUCGCUGCGACUGGUGAUACGGACUAGGACAUCCAGCUGCCACUGAGAUGUGAUUCUCUGGGAUUUCAUUUCACUUUGAGAAAGCAGAGUACAUUAUAACAGGCCUGUAUGGUGUCAGGAACACUGAGCUGUGAGAGAAACAGCUCACCACAAGACUGUCUGGGCUCAGCAGGAAGUACCUCCAUAUCUACUUCCAGGUCAACCUCAGACGUCAUGUGGAUCCGAUGCCUGCUCUUCGUCUCAACCUUGUUUGCUCCAAUUGCCAUCGCCUAUGGCCGUGCCCCUAUCCCCAUGGCAGUAGUGCGCAGGGAGCUGUCCUGUGAGUCCUACCCCAUCGAGCUGCGCUGCCCCGGCACAGAUGUCAUCAUGAUCGAGAGCGCCAACUACGGCCGCACCGAUGACAAGAUCUGCGACUCGGACCCUGCGCAGAUGGAGAACACACGGUGCUACCUGCCGGAUGCAUACAAGAUCAUGUCACUCCGAUGCAACAACCGUACCCAGUGUGCAGUGGUGGCUGGGCCCGAUGUCUUCCCAGACCCUUGCCCUGGCACAUACAAAUACUUGGAAGUCCAGUAUGAGUGCGUCCCUUAUAAAGUAGAACAAAAAGUAUUUCUGUGCCCUGGCAUUCUGCGAGGAGUAUACCAAAGUGAACAUCUUUUUGAGUCAGACCACCAGUCCGGUGCAUGGUGCAAAGACCCGCUGCAGGCCUCAGACAAGAUCUACUACAUGCCAUGGACACCAUACCGCACAGACACGCUGACAGAGUACUCGUCAAAGGAGGACUUCAUCGCAGGCCGUCCCACCACCACCUACAAACUCCCACAUCGUGUGGAUGGGACUGGCUUUGUAGUAUAUGAUGGUGCACUCUUCUUCAACAAGGAGCGCACACGCAACAUUGUUAAGUUUGACCUACGCACACGCAUCAAGAGCGGUGAGGCCAUUAUUGCCAAUGCCAACUACCACGACACCUCACCAUACCGCUGGGGGGGCAAGUCGGACAUCGACCUAGCGGUGGACGAGAAUGGACUGUGGGUGAUCUAUGCCACGGAGCAGAACAACGGGCGCAUCGUGGUGAGCCAGCUCAACCCCUACACCCUGCGCAUUGAAGGCUCCUGGGACACCAGCUACGACAAACGCUCUGCCUCAAAUGCCUUCAUGAUCUGCGGGGUCCUGUAUGUCAUCAAAACUGUCUAUGAAGAUGAUGACAACGAAGGGACGGGGAACAAAAUUGACUACAUGUACAACACUGAUAAGAGCAAGGAGAUGACGGUUAACAUACCGUUUCCCAAUUCCUACCAGUACAUAGCUGCAGUGGAUUACAACCCAAGAGACAACCUGCUGUACGUGUGGAAUAACUAUCAUGUGGUCAAGUACUCGCUGGACUUUGGCAACAAUGACUAUCGCCCACCUCCCAUGAUCCCUCCUAGCCGAGGAGGGGGAGGAGGGGGAGGUCCAAUUGGUGGUGGAGGUUCCUCCUCUUCGUCUACCAGCCGCACCACCACCACUCGUUCUCCUCCUUACUACACCACCCCAAGGCCUCUUCUCACCACCUCCCCUGGCCAGCGGUACCGAACCACCACCACAGUGCGCCAGCCCGUCCUGGUCCCUGGCGGUGGCUCGUCGUCUGACACCAAUCAGAUUCCUGACACCAUCCAGAAAGCUGGAGGACACUCUCCGCCAGUGCAAGUUCCUCCAGCAGCCCCAAAGCCUCCUGCUCUGCCUCCACAAGACUUCUGCAGUCCAAGGGUGACAGCCGACAUAUCGUGGCCUCGGACACAGCAAGGCCAGACAGCCAAGCAGCCCUGCCCUGUAGGAACACUGGGCGUGGCCACAUACGUGUGCAUGGCCCAUUUGGGCUACUGGGAUCCCCAAGGCCCUGACCUCAGCAACUGCACGUCGCCCUGGGUCAACCACAUCAUGCAAAAACUUCGUUCGGGUGAGACGGCAGCCAUUGUAGCCAGGGAGCUGGCAGAGCAGACCAAAGGGCUUCUGCGUCCUGGUGAUGUGCCAUCCACAGUGCGGGCCAUGGCCCAGCUGGUUGAACUGCUGGACGUCCAGCUCAGGAACCUCACCCCUGGGGGCAAGGACAGCGCUGCCCGCAGCCUCACCAAGCUUCAGAAGAGAGAAAGGUCCUGCAGGUUUUUCACACAGGCUAUGGUGGAGACGGUUAAUAAUUUGCUGCAGCCACGAGCCCAGACAGCGUGGAGAGAGCUGCCCACCAGCGAGCAGCUGCACUCGGCCACUCUGCUCCUUGACACUGUGGAGACUGGGGCUUUUAUGUUAGCUGACAACCUCCUCAAGACUGACACUGUGCAGGAGACCACUGACAACAUCCAGCUGGAAGUGGCCAGGCUGAGCACGGAUGGGAACCUUGCAGACCUGACAUUCCCUCAGUCAGAGCUACAUGGAAACUCCAUCCAGCUGUCAGCCAGCACUCUCAAACAGCACGGCAGAAAUGGUGAGAUCAGGAUGGCCUUUGUCCUGUAUAGGAACUUGGGUUCCUACCUGUCCACAGAGAACGCCAGCGUUAGACUGAGCAGCGAGGCGGUCUAUCCUAAUUACUCUGUUAUCGUCAACUCCCCGGUCAUCACAGCAUCCAUUAACAAGGAGAGCAAUAAGGUUUACCUGUCUGAGCCUGUGGUCUUCACUGUCAAACACCUGCAGCAUUCGGAAGAGAACUUCAAUCCCAACUGUUCGUUCUGGAGCUACUCCAAACGCACCAUGAUGGGAUUCUGGUCAACGCAGGACUGUCGUCUGCUGGCCACAAAUCGCACACACACCAGCUGCUCCUGCACACACCUCACCAGUUUUGCAGUGCUUAUGGCCCAUGUGGAGGUCAAGAAAGCAGACAGCAUGCACGACCUGCUCCUGGACGUGAUCACAUGGGUGGGGAUCCUGUUGUCCCUGGUUUGCUUGCUUAUCUGCAUCUUCACCUUUUGCUUCUUCCGCGGGCUGCAGAGUGACCGCAACACCAUCCACAAGAACCUCUGUAUCAGCCUCUUCAUCGCUGAGUCACUGUUCCUGGUCGGGAUCAACAGGGCCGAUCAGCCGAUUGCCUGUGCAGUCUUUGCGGCCUUGCUCCAUUUCUUCUUCUUGGCAGCCUUCACCUGGAUGUUCCUGGAAGGGGUGCAGCUCUACAUCAUGCUGGUGGAGGUGUUUGAGAGUGAACACUCCAGGACUAAGUACUUCUACCUGGCAGGAUAUGGAGUGCCUGCUGUCAUAGUCGCUGUCUCUGCUGCAGUGGACUACAGGAGCUACGGCACUGACCGAGUGUGCUGGCUGCGAUUGGACACAUACUUUAUCUGGAGUUUCAUAGGCCCUGCUACGCUCAUCAUUAUGCUGAACGUAAUCUUCCUCGGUAUCGCUCUUUAUAAGAUGUUCCAUCAUACGGCCAUUCUCAAACCAGACUCUGGAUGUUUGGACAACAUCAAGUCUUGGGUGAUUGGGGCCAUAGCUCUGCUGUGUCUGCUGGGCCUGACCUGGGCUUUCGGCCUAAUGUACAUCAACGAGAGCACCGUGAUCAUGGCCUACCUUUUCACCAUCUUCAACUCUCUGCAGGGCAUGUUCAUCUUCAUCUUCCACUGCAUACUACAGAAGAAGGUGCGUAAGGAGUACGGCAAAUGUCUGCGCACUCACUGCUGCAGUGGCAAGAGUGUGGAGACAUCCAUUUCCUCCUCCAGUAAGACCACCACCUCACGGACUCCAGGCCGCUACUCCACAGGCUCACAGGUGAGCUUACCUGCCUGCACUCCUGGACGCUACAGCACAGCAGACUCUCAGAGUCGUAUCAGGCGGAUGUGGAACGACACUGUGAGGAAACAGGAGUCCUCCUUCAUCACUGGAGACAUCAACAGCUCCGCCACGCUCAACAGAGAGGGCAUCCUGAACAACGCAAGAGACUCCACUGUUAUGGAUACACUCCCUCUUAAUGGUAACCAUGCCAACAACUACAGCAUGGCCAGCAGUGAGUACUUGAGUGAUUGCGUCCAGAUACUAGACCGUAGCGGUGGCUAUGGCACCCACAGCAACCACAAGGAGACGACCCUGGAGAAGAAGAUCCUCAAGGAGCUGACCUCCAACUAUAUCCCGUCCUACCUCAACAACCAUGAGAGAGCCACUACUGAGCGCAAUCACAACCUAAUGAACAAGCUGGUCAACAACAGCAUGGCCAAUGGAGGGAGCAUGGCAGGAGGCAGCAGCAGCAGCAGCAGCAGUGGAGUUGGUGGGUGUGUGGGCAAAGAGGACAAUGGUCCCAUGGUGCUGGACAACCCUGCAGCCUUCCCCCAUGAGGAGAACCUGGGUUUGGAGAUUAUCAGAGAGGAGUCCAACGCUCCACUCCUGCCGCCACGACCCCCUCCGCCAGACAGUCACCCCCCGCCACCGCCUCCUCCCCACAGCUUCUCCCGGCCACGACGCAUUCCCCAAGAGACCAGCGAAAGCUUCUUCCCCCUCCUGACCAACGAGCACACUGAUGAGCACACGCAUUCACCCAACCACAGAGACUCACUCUACACCAGCAUGCCAGUGCUGACGGACCUCCCAGAUGGGCAGAUGAACGGCUUAACAGACGGAGAGGAAGACAGCUCAGGGGAACUGCAGCCCUGUAAGAGUGCCACUGCUCCAGAGCUGGAUGAUGUCUAUUAUAAGAGCAUGCCAAAUUUGGGCUCCAGGAAUCACCUGCACGAGCUACAGAGCUACUACCACAUGGGCCGCGGAGGCAGCGAUGGAUACAUGGUGUCUGGGAACAAGGAGGAGUCUGAUUCUUCGCCUGAGGAGCCGCCCAUAGACCCUUCCCACCUGGUUACCAGUCUAUAGAGCCAAUCAAGAGACUUCUGUCCCUCCCCGGCCCACUCUCACAUUUCCAACCUUUCAAUGAAAACAUUCUGUGUUAUUGACUGACAGACUGAGCUGGCCUGCCCCUGGAUUGAUGUACUGUGUGUGACAUUAACAAUGGUUCAUGACAAUAUGGUUAAUAUACGCUGGUCAAAUGAAAGCAGGGACUGAAUGUAUUGUCAUAAAUGGUGCAGACUGAGAGGGCGGUUGUGAAAGACUUUUUGUGAACAUCAAACAGAAAUGUAACUCUUGGAACCUGGAAAGGAAAGGAAAGGAAGGGGGGGGGGGGAUUCUGUAAUUUUGCCCUACCUGUUGCUUUAAUUUGGAAACUUGGAUUGACCGUAGCCCUACAAUAUCCCCAAUAUGGACCUCUAGCAGAUCAUAGCAAAUAGUCUCCACCACAAACACUACAGGGGCAAGGCCCCCAGCCCUGGCUAAAGGAGCUGCUUGUCUAUUUGUCUGUAUGUCUGUCUCUCUGUUUCACUCUUAAAGACACGUACUGGGAUGAUGUUUCCACCCCUCCAAAGGGUAGAGCAGGAUAUUCAACUCUGGUGUUCAUAACAUAAACUGGCCACAAAGACGCCCCGCCCCACUACCUGCCAAUCAAGUGGUGGAUGUACGAUAUAUGCCCUCACUACUGAUCAUCCCAAAAACGAUUUUACCGGACAACCGAACUGUAACCAUAUCACGCUGAUGUUCUUAAUUCUCUUCCUGUUCGUAUCUGCUAAACUGGAGUUGUGUCUGGGCUGGUGUAACAUUCCUGCAAGUGGUAGUGACUACGGCUACUGUGUAUUUCACUGAAAACAAAGAAGGAAGAUCAUAUUACAACAGACUGAAUUAAUAAAAAAGAAUGGGUUCCGUUUCUUCUCCUUUCUCCUGUAAAAGUUUUCAGUUAUCAAAGGAUUAUGAAGAAAUCACAAACUGUUUCUAUGUAUUGUACAGAAUACAGAUGCAGAUACAAAUGUUGCAUAUGACCAAGUCGUUUAUUUUUUAACUUUACGUUGCAAACCUUUUGUCUGUGGAACUAUUCUGAAAUGUCAUGAUAUUUUCUAGUCACGUGUAGACUACAGAAUGAGCAAGGAACAAUCUUUCAUGUCACUCUUUCGUAAAUACAGACAGUUAAGAAGUCAUUAAUUAAUACGCAUAUACCCUACGCACACUUCAUUCUGGACCUUUUAUAGCAACACCACUGUCAGUUACAUUUUGCAAAUCAACUGUUACUAUAUACUUUAUCACUGUGUAGAUUUAAAACUAAAGGGAAAAUGAACUAGCUAAGUUCUGAAAGAGAGGAUUACUAAGGAAAUGCUACAUUUUAGUCUUUGCCGGAAGUGGGUCUCAUCUCAUUUGUUCUUGAAUAAAGCAUUUCCUUUCUUGAGGCACAAGGAGGAGCCUGGGUGAAAAAAAAAAAUUGCAAAGAUACCAGAUAUUUGGAGAAACACAAGAGUGGUUUACAAAGCAUAUCUUCUCUAUUGCCAAAUAUUCUACCAAUUGACAUUACCUUGCUGUGCUGGUUGAGAUCUUACUGUACAGAAAAAGAAUGCUGAGAUAAUAAAUGUCAUUCUCUAAACUAAUAAAAGAGAAUUUCCACUAUAUCCACUAUUUGAAAAAGGGUGUGCCUCACCUGUGAAAUGCCAUGAUUACACCAUAUAUGUGUCCUAAAGAAGUGAAAACUCUGCACAUAGCAGCACUGUCCAAUGUGGAAAGCCAAUGUUUACUUAUUUAGGAGGAAAAUUUCAUAAGUGUAUGAAGUGUAGCUUGCACAUGUAUCCCACAAGCCCCUUCCAUGUCCCCAAGAGAGAAAUUAUUUAUUUAUCUGUUUAUUGGUUUAAAGACAGCAAAACAAGCUUGGAGGAAAGAAAGCUGGCUUUAGGCAGGAGUAAAUAAAAUGGCACUGGGUUUGUUUUUUGUUUUUUGUUUUUUUUAAAUUAUUAUGAUCAUGAUUAUUAUUACAAUAUUAUGCUAAUUAUUUAUUCUUUUUGUAUGGGUUCCAAGUUGAAUGAUCUCAUAACUAAUAUUUGUUGUAACAGUGAAAGUUGUUUGCCAACAAAUAAAUUACUGACAUAGCUUUGCGGUUUUCCGCCUCUUGAGUGUUAUCAGUUAUUACA